AUGUUGCUGUACAGAAUAGGAGACUUCCUCGGAUUGUUUUUACUCUUGGUUUUGCAAAUCGCCGAGGCUCGAAUCGUUCACAAGGUUUGUAGCGUUAUGAGUUGUGUAAAAAGGGAGCUCUUGAAACUUCUUUAAACUAGGUACUUUUCUGAGAUGAGAAAAGACACGUUAAAGUCGUAGAAGUACAUCAAAAGCCUGUUUGAAAGUACAUUUUGAAAGCUCUUGCUCAUUUUUUCCUGAAAACUCAGAAUUAAUUAAUACUGAAACAUUAAGAAGCUAUUUUAGGACUUCGAAAAAAUUUCGGCUUCAUAAAACUUCCAAACGAGUCGAAACUAUGAGUUAGUAUCAAUGAUACUGUAUCAUCCCGAAAAUUAUUUUAAUAAACUCAGCCGCGAGAGUUCCGAUGCGGCAGAAUGGUGGUGUUCGGAGACAGCCUAUCGGACGACGGAGUCGAGGCCGAAGGAGAGAGCCACGGCUUUCUCAGAAAUAGCAAUGGAAAGGUCUGGCCAGAGUACGCCCAUGAGAUGCUCGGCUGCGAUCAGGUAGAACCAUGUUCUUUUUUUCAAUUUCUCCUUUUUCUGUUCAGUACCUCAACUACGCCUACAGCGGUGCCAAGAGCGGCAUCGGUAAUUUUUACUUCGACACUUUUUCCGGCAUCCAAUGGCAGACCAACCAGUUUCUCCUAUCCCACAAAUACCUCGUCGACGGUUAGAAAAUACUCAAAAAGCGAAUUCUAAUCUGACAUGUAGAUCCUCUGAUAAUCAUUCAAACCGGCGGGGUCAUCGACUUCUUCGCCGGCGCCAACGAUUCGACGACUGUUGUAGAGAACAUCCAGAAUACUAUUCAUAAUAUCACGCAGGUUAUUGGAGGAUUUCUCGAACUUUCGUCUCGAACCAAACCGACCAAUCACAGCAGCCUAACCAAGCUGAACUUGCAGACGAUGACGUCAGGAACUCUGAUCGUCCUGACCUUGAUGGACUUGAGUUCUUCACCUGGCAUCCGAGCCGCCGAGGACUCUUCUCAGCUGCAACAUCGGCUGGGGACUCUUGUCGCCGAAACUAACAGGGUAUUCACUUCAUGCACAACUAUCUCAAGAGAUACUCAAAAAAGACUUCGAAGAACCUUUCCAAACUGUAUAGAAACUCUUUUGAACAUUGUCUCAACUGAUUAGUGAUUGAACUAUAUCAGAAGAUUUCCAUUUUAUGCCGUUUCUUCCAGCAACUCCACUACAUCGUCCUGGACUCGGACAUCGGCACGCGACGUCUGAAUCCGUUCCUUAGGGUCAAACUGGUCGACGUCAAUCCCAUCGUACUUGCCGCCAUGCAGUCGCUCAACACUACCGAGCCUUUCAGUCAUCAUUUGCCCGACCUUUUGUGAGUUUUUUAGGAAGUUUUUUUUUUCUAAUUCAUGUAAUUUUGUUCUAGGCAUGUUUAGAAGCUGUAGUUGUAGUGGCCAAAGCUUUGAAAUUGAAAAAAUUCAAAAAUUGGAGAAUUAUGCUAUCUUUUCCAUUUUUUUUUCUUGGAAGCUCGAACAAAAACCGAUCAUUUUUCUUGAGCUUACAUGUCAAAACUUAAUCUUAAUGAAAAAAAUUUAAAAAAAUUUUUUUAACUGUUUUGAGUGCUUCCAAACAUAUCCAGCACCUUUUCCAAAGUAAUCCCUAUUUUUCUGAUUUUAAAAUCUAAUAAAUGAGUUUCAAAACUUUCAACCGAUCGAAAAAAAGUUACUGAAAACUUGGAUUUAUUUUUAUUUUUCAAAGUCCCUAACCUUCUUCGGAGCAUAAAAAGACUUCAAGUUCGAGUUUCAGAAAUAUUUUUAAUUACCUAUAAAUUAUUCCAGAAGCUUAAUGUAGCCUUUAAUUUGCUUAAAAUCAUUUUUUCUUUGAUCAAAUAUCCUAAAGACCCUAAACAUUCAAGUUUGGAAACUCAGACCUCAAUCGAUCUACCGGUACGCGUUCCACGACCUCUGGAACCCGUCAACGUUUGUUCACUGGCACCUGGCCAAAGAGAUCGUCCGCACUCUCCAACAGUUCUAA